UCAAAUUCGGUCGGCGCUCUUCACUCCUUUCUCCGUAUCUUCCCCCCCUCUCUCUCUCUCUCUCUCUCUCUCUCAUACAUACAACUGCAACUCUCCCCCCACCACCACCAUCAUCAACAUCCCCAGCUAGGGUUUUACACUUCCCUCAUUCUGUCUCCUAACCCACUUCUAGAGAGAGAAAAUAGUUAAACAGUGAGACGACAGAGUGCUUGUUUGUGUUAGAGAGAGAGAGAGAGAGAGAGAGAGAUGGGUCAAGACACUGCGACCCCUCUGAAGCGCGGCGGCGGCGGAGCAACACUUCCAACCACCACCGCCAACGGCGGAGGCGGCAGAACCAGAGUCUCCUCUCUGAUCCCUCCCCGCCGCCAGAUCCACCGAACCUUCAACAACAUCAAGAUCACUAUCCUCUGUGGCUUCGUCACAAUCCUCGUCCUCCGCGGUUACAUCGGCGUCAACCUCGGCACCUCCGACGCCGACGCCGUCAACCAACACCUCAUCGAAGAGACCAAUCGGAUCCUCUCCGAGAUCCGCUCCGACAACGACCCGGAUGACCUCUCGGACCCCGAGAUCAACCUUAAUGUCACCUACACUCUCGGCCCUAAGAUCACCAACUGGGACGAGGAGCGAAAGAUCUGGCUCGAUCGAAACCCUGAUUUCCCCAACUAUGUUAACGGUAAAGCUCGAAUCUUGCUUGUUACUGGUUCGCCUCCUAACCCUUGUGAUAAUGCAAUUGGAGAUCACUACUUGUUGAAAUCGAUUAAGAACAAAAUUGACUAUUGUAGAUUACAUGGGAUUGAAAUUGUGUAUAACAUGGCUCAUUUGGAUAAAGAGCUUGCUGGGUAUUGGGCUAAAUUGCCUUUGAUUAGGAGGUUGAUGUUGUCUCACCCUGAAGUUGAGUGGAUUUGGUGGAUGGAUAGUGAUGCUUUGUUUACUGAUAUGGUGUUUCAACUUCCACUUUCUAAGUAUGAUGGCUAUAAUUUGGUUAUUCAUGGAUACCCUGAUUUGUUGUUCGAUCAGAAAUCGUGGAUUGCGUUGAACACCGGGAGUUUUCUGUUUAGGAAUUGUCAGUGGUCUUUGGAUUUGCUUGAUGUUUGGGCACCAAUGGGUCCGAAGGGUCCUGUUCGUGAUGAGGCUGGGAAGAUUUUAACUGCUAACUUGAAGGGUAGGCCGGCUUUUGAGGCGGAUGAUCAGUCAGCAUUGAUAUAUUUGUUGAUAUCUCAGAAGGAUCAGUGGAUGAACAAGGUGUUUGUUGAGAAUUCUUACUAUUUACAUGGGUAUUGGGCUGGAUUGGUGGAUCGGUACGAAGAGAUGAUUGAGAAGUACCAUCCGGGAUUGGGCGAUGAGAGGUGGCCAUUCGUGACCCAUUUUGUGGGCUGCAAGCCUUGUGGGAGCUAUGGGGAUUACCCGGUUGAGAGGUGCUUGAGCAGUAUGGAGCGGGCAUUCAAUUUUGCAGAUAAUCAAGUUAUUAAGCUAUAUGGGUUUGGGCAUAGAGGCUUAUUGAGCCCCAAGAUCAAGCGAAUCAGGAAUGAAACAGUGACUCCUUUGGAAUUUGUAGAUCAAUAUGAUAUUCGGCAUCCAGUACAUGGAAGCAGUGGAUCACGGAGCUAGCGAGUUUGUCAUGUUUAAUGGGUGAUAAUCUUUAGGUAAUAUAUUUUUUCAGUUGAAUUGCAGAUUUAAACUUGAUAACAGUUCAAAGUUAAAGUUAGUUUUGCUGUCAUAUUGCCUUGCCUUUUGUAUUGUACUUGAGAACGCGAGCAGAAUUCUUUUGUUGACUUGCAAUUUGCAAUGUUGAGUAAUCUCAAAAAGAAAAUAAUAUUUCUCAACCUGUUGUAUUAUUUUUCUUUUCCAUUGUAAAGCUGUCAUUAAUUGCAAAUCAUAAUUUACAACUUUUUACUUGGUAA